AUGGAUUCCGUGUCGUCAUUUGGAGGGUCUUACCAUGCCUCCGUAUCCUGUGCAUCUGCCGAGGAGGAAUCAUCGUUUCUCAAGCGAGCUCGGUUCCUUCACUGGAUUAGACUUGGGCUUUCUGCUAUUAUAUUCGGUGUUUCUGUCUCGAUCAUUGGCUGCGAAGCCGCUCCUCUACUACAUUAUCGGAGGACAUCCGCGUUCGAGCGAUCCUGGCUAUUCCUGUGGCCCCUGAACUUCGAUUUACGCCCGACAAUUGCGCUGCUUUCUUGUGGGUGUGUAGUCGCAUUCCAAACCAUUCUUUACAUCGUCACGACACUUCUACCCUCGCCCCGCUCCCAUAUCAGACGUCUGAAUCUAUUUGCUGCCGUAGUCGCGAUUUCCGGAUUCAUAGCAGCCUUGGUGGGAACUGUGCUCGCGAUUCACUUGCCAAGCUCGACGGCUCCCAAGGGGUUUGCUCACCACGAGACUCUUCACUCUUGGACAUGCAAAUGGAAGAGUGUGCGAGGGACCCCUUCGAUCAACCUCGAUAGCACACCUAUUACGCCACCGUCCCAUUUUGCGCGGGAUUGUACAACUACCAGGGCAGCCUUUAUCAUGAUGGGACUGCUUGUUGGAUUGGAAAUCGUCAUGGGGAUUGCGGUAGGGGCUGGGAUCUGGUUUGAAAGGAAUGUGUCGAAACAGCGAGGCCAGGAUAUGCCUCAAGCAGAGAAGGUGGAGAUGGUGCCCAAAUACCCGGGAACAUGA